AUCCCACCGGACCUGCUCUUGCAGAAUAAUGUAUCUAUGUCUAGAGUAGUUCAAGAGCCGGGUCAGUUUAUUGUGGUUUUUCCAAAGGCAUAUUCAUGUUCCAUUGCAACUGGAUACACUGAAUCUGAGAGUGUAUAUUUUGCAACAAAUUCAUGGUUGGAAACAAUAGAUCAAGUGUUUCAAGAAGUACGCGAAAGCUGCGAACCUACAAUGUUCUCGCUGGAACAUUUGCUGGUGUCUGCUGCGCGAGACUCGCGUGCGUCCACUGAGGUCCUCAAACUGGUCAAUGUUCUCCUCGGGAAGAUCAUAAGGGAAGAGCUGAGUAACCGCACCGCCCUCGCCGCAUACAAAAUUCAGAACCAAAACCCACAACAAAAUAAGCAUUCUCGCAAGCGGCCCGCAGGCGCGUGGAAUGUUCGAGAUCAAGACGAGUGUGAGAUCUGUCAAGCAACCUUGUACCUCUCCAAAGUGAGAGGAUUGACAGACAAGAAGCGGUCAGUGUGCCUCCAGCACGCCCUGCAGUUACUCGCUGUAAAGAACAGGGAAUGUGACUUGACCAGCGUUGAGCUUGAAUUAUUCUUUUCUGAUGCAGAAUUAGAAAAAAUUAUGACAAAAAUCAAAACUCGUAUUUAAACUUUAAGUGUUACCGACUCGCCCCGCGAGUUCAUUAUGUGAAAUAAGUAUCUAAUACCUAGAUUUACUCUGAAACAUGAGGUUCUAAUAUAAUACUCGACUAUCUUCGUCCUUAUUUACUUUAGCUGUAACUGUAAAAAUUACGCUGUAUGACUAAUGUCAACUGGAAAAUCAUAAUCUCUGCUUACUGUGUAUUGUUUGGCUUAUAAAGAUAUAUAUAUCUAAAUAGGAUAUAUCUUUCAUGCAUCAAAAAUAAAUGACUACUGGCAGAAUGAAUUCAUAAUAUGUUCCCAAUACUACAAAAAACUAAAAACUAAAUUACCAAUGUCAAUGACUUAAAAGACUGGCAACAUUACGCUUUAUUACGCCUUUAGUCAUGUAAUUUAAAUUUCGCAGACUUUUUCACCAUUAUACAGUGAAAAUGUACUUACAAUUUAUUUGCUUUAUUGGUACAAAGAAAGUAUUAAGAAAUAAUU